UUGAAACAAUCAAACAAUUAUGCAGGAAAAGCAAUCACAAACUUAACGGAUGCUUGAAGUGAGGCGGCGAAGCAAUCAAUAAAAAAAGGAAUCGACCAGUUUCCCUUGGUUGUAACAAUCCAUCAAAUUUUCGAGCUUUACCAAACCCUAAUUAACAUCUCGGGGAGAAGGAAAACAUCGAUCGAGUCAUGGAAACGAGGUCAAAGAGGAGAAGAGCUGUUAAUCCUGGAGCAGGGGAAGCCAUGAUUGACGCUAAUCCCGAGUGCCCCAAAUGGUUGAGGGAGGGUGGCUAUGAAGACGUAUUGAUGGAAAUACUAGCUAGGCUACCAAAUAGUCGAAGUGCAAUUUCUGCAGGCUUGGUGUGUCCCCUUUGGCAUUCCAUCAUCUCUCAGCAGCAGCAGUUUAUUCCCAGGUUCUUAGGCCUCCGGGAGCAAAAGAAGAAAGAGCAGCCUUAUUCCAUCAUAUUCCGCAUAGUAGACAACUUUUUUGUUGCAGAUGAGUAUUAUCAGCCCAUCUGCAAACUAUUUUCGGAAGAAUCUGCAGUUCUCCACGGGGGAAGGAAGGAGGAGACGGGGACGUCAUGUCAAAGGUAUCCUCCUUUACGCCGCGGCAGCAUCAGGCCACGGCCUGCGCCCAACAUGGUCAUAAGAGCAUCUUGCAGCGACUUGCUAUUGUUGUCGCAAGGCUCUCGCAACAAUGGGGUUAAGCCAAACUCCUUCUAUCUUUGUAACCCAGUAACCAAACAGUGGUUCCAUCUCCCCCGUGUUAAUUUCGAUGGUUACUUACUUGGGUUUGCAGUGGUACGCAUGCCACAGCCCCCCGCCCAUAAUGGCUGUGGCAGUUAUGAAUACAAGGUGGCUUUCAUUCAUUUUCCCGAUCUUGGUCGCGAUGAAGAUGAUGAUGCAGACACUUGGGAUUUUAGAAUGUCAAUUUAUUGUUCAAAAACCAGACAAUGGAGUGUGAACUCAUGGUUUCGAUAUCCUGUACCUAUCAGCAGGGAACCUAGGUUUUUCAUUAGCCCAAUCACUUGCAAUGGAACUAUUUAUUGGUUCAAUUGUGAUAAAGUUCCUGACAAAGUCAUUGCCUGUGAUUUGGUGAACAAGCCCUACUCUACUGCCAUUAUCAACCUUCCUGAAGGCUCUGUGCCUGGUGGUUGGGGUGUUGUUUCUAUAGAGUUGGGUGUUGUCAUGGGAGAACUGAGAAUAUUCAACGUAUUUCACCCAUUUUUGGUUGACCAACAACAACCUCAGCAUCUCGUUGUUGUGAAAGUUUGGGAGUUGAAUCUCAGAACCAAUGCUUGGACUCUCGUUCAUGACACACACUUCAAUGAUAGGCCGCCGUCUAAUGGCAUCCAAGUAGAAGAAGACGAAAACAAGUUCAAGAUCCGUACAGUUGCUUUCCAUCCACACGAUGGGGACACAGUCUUCUUGGUAUGCGGCUGUGAUGUUUUCCAGUAUCACAUUUCACAGGGUGUGUAUGAGAAAGUCGAUGAGCUCUGUGGUGUUUUCCGGUAUCGCAAUUCAUGGGGUUCUGUGUAUAAGAAAGUCGACGACGUCCUUCAUCCCGUGCCUCCAAAUGUGCUUCUUACAUCCUUCACUCUCCUCCACUCUGUUUGGCCCACCACCAUGUUCUUCUCUCCUUCAGAAUAGAAUAGUAAUUGUUACUCCCUCCGUCCUAAAUUGAGACACAAAUUUGACUUUUUGGGUCAAACAGUUUGAUUUUAUUCCCUUAAUUAGAAUAUCAAUUUUUAUGCAAAUUUUAAUUUGGAGUUUGCAACUUUACAAAUAUUUUAAUGUAGUAUAUUUGACUCUCUGUUACUGUGUGCACACUCACAUACUAC